CCCAUUUGGCAGUCUGCUUCGCUCGAUAUAUCCCGCAGCUAAUUUUUAUUUUUAUUUUUUCUUCAAUCUGAUCUCUGAAAAUCUCAAAGAAAUGGCCUUUUUCCUUCAAAAAGGCGGCCUUGCCAAUCGCUUCCGAUGUUCUUAUCAGCAGAAGACAGAGGGUUCCUUGGCUGUGCCAAGUCGAGCAUUUCACGUGGAACUUGGGGAUCGUGAGAAAGCUCUCUUGGCAAAGGACCCUUCUUUAAGACGAUUUAAAUCUUAUAAGAAGAGUGUGUGGCGACUGAAGAGAAUCGGGGAUGUUCUGACAAUUGUUGUUGUAGCAGGUUGUUGCUAUGAAAUUUAUGUCAAGGCAGUAAUGCGAGAAGAAACUCGGAACCAGGCAAAGGCUGCUAGUGGAAGUGAAUGAGGCUGUGCAUGUUUUUGCUUCUCUGCCAAAAGGGAAAAGUGUACGACUUAGUGUUUGAUUUUGUUUUGGCAGCAAUAUUUUAGCCAUUUAGUGACUUUGCCUCAUCGAUAAAUAAGCAAAAUAAAAUGUGCUGCUGUGACAUUCUUGAAUGCAAGACCCUACUCAGCAGAUUUCAAUCAAGUUCUCAUCUUUCAUAAAAUCUGUCAAAUAAUUUUCUUUUAUGAUGAUUCCAAUUAUUUUAGAAAAUUGCUCCAGUAUAGGGGUAACUAUGCACUGUGGCAUAAAGGAAACAUCCAAAACGGUGCUGCUGGGUACCAGUUGGAGAGGUGGAACAAGAAAAGUGGUGGAUGGGUUUUCCACAUGAUAUCAAUCCAUAAGAUAUGAUUUCAUUCUACUUUUAUCGCAUUUAUGUUUUAUAUAUUAAUGUAACUAGUUACUAUCAUGCAAAAUUUAGGUUUUGAGAUGUUCUCAUGUAAAUUCAUGUGAAUUCUCCUUUUUUAUU